AUGGCUCUAUGUGCGUGUUGUUCAAAAGUCUCUACAGCAGAUUCUCUUGUUUUAGGGGCUAUCCAGAUUAUGAUUGGCAUCUUUAGUGUUUUCAUGUGGUAUCUCCUACUGAUUUUGUAUAUAGGACAAAUUAAAGGAGUCUUUGGGACAUAUGAACCUAUAACUUACAAAACAGGAUGUUUUUUAUGGGGAAUUAUUUUUAUCAUUUCAGGAGUCUCCAUAAUAAGAGUAGCAAGGCAUCCAUCUCCACGCCUGCUUACAUGUACUAUGAUCAUGAACAUCUUAUGCAUAAUUGUUGCAGUUAUUGCAGUGGUUCUAACAGUAAUGGAGUUGUCUUCUUUUGACUCUGUGUCAUAUAGGAAUUAUGGACAAGCGAAACUUGGGAGAGAAAUUUCACGUGUUUUACUGGGCUUCUACCCCUUGGAAUUGUGUAAUGCUUUCAUAUACACGAUCUUCGGCUGUGUUGAUUUGGCAGGAAAGGGUUUGGUCUAUGUUAACUCCCUCCCCCAACGUCUCAUUCCCUAUACGUGUCCUGGGAGCCUGCAGAUUCAUCAGAGCUCCAACGCCCCCACCGCGCAGGUGUCCCCGCGGGGCUCCUCGCGCAGCCGCGCCCGGAAGCCGAGCUCUUGGUCACAACUGCGGCGUUGGAACCGCGCGAGGGGCGAUGAGGGUCACAACCGAGGAAGCAGGACCCACUCGGCAAGUGCUGCCGCCAGGACUUCCGGAGCCGAAAAGUCCGGAACUGAGGGCAUCACCUGCGAGAUCACGCCCCUCUAG